CUUCCUGAAGUGGGUGCGGACACUGUCAACAGAUGACUACACAAAUAAUGGAGGCUAAGCUAAACUGUUUGCCGGCAAGGUUGGACUAUUAAUGUAGUAUUAACGCAAUUAAAAUUCAUUCGUGGUUGUCAAUAGUAGCUGGUAUGCUGGGUCAGAAUGGGAAAUAUAUUUGGCAAGAAGAAACGCACCCGAGUGACAGAGCAAGACAAGGCAAUUUUGCAACUGAAACAGCAAAGAGAUAAGCUGAGGCAGUAUCAGAAGAGGAUCAGCCUGCACCUGGAGAAGGAGAGGCUCCUAGCCAAGCAGCUGCUGAAAGAUGGCAAAAAAGAGAAAGCCCUCCUCUUGCUGAAGAAGAAGCGCUACCAGGACCAGCUCCUAGACAAGACGGAGAACCAGAUCAGCAACCUGGAGCGCAUGGUGCAAGACCUCGAGUUUGCCCAGAUUGAAAUCAAAGUCAUUGAAGGACUGAAAGUUGGAAAUGAGUGUCUGAAAAAAAUGCAUGAGGUGAUGUCCGUUGAGGAGGUAGAACGGAUUAUGGAUGAAACCCAAGAUGCUAUUGAGUACCAAAGGCAAAUAGAUGAGAUGCUGGCAGGCUCUUUAUCUCAAGAAGACGAAGAAGCUGUACUGGCUGAGCUGGAGGCUAUUACUCAGGGAGACGUUGAGCUUCCUGAAGUCCCCUCAGAUGAGCUGCCAGAGGUCCCCGAGGCAGCAGAGGAGAAGCCAGAGAAGGAACGUGCCAGGAAGAAGCCACAGAGGGAGAUGCUUGCAGCCUAGAAACAUGCCUGACCCCCCCUCAGCUGACCCGGUGGCUAGUGGUCUUACUCUACAAUAAUCAAAUCUCUCAUAAAACCACACAAAAACAUCUCCUGGAGAACUUUGUCCCACAUGGGCUGCUAUACAGCAACAGAAGACCGGACUCUCUUCUUCCAUCUAGCCACAGCCUUCCACAGAUGGCAUUUUUCCCAUUUGACAUGUUGCAGGCCCACACCCUCUCUGGUCUCAGCUACAAGCCAAUGAUCCCUGGACUUGGGUGGAGAAAUGACUGGUUCACUAUCUAGCAACUCAACCGUAACGCCUAGUUUUGCUGGAAAAAUGCCGACAUAAACCGCAACGACCUGCAAGAUUCCAGUACUUGUGCCUACGCUUUGUUUCAUCAGUGUACUUUUUUAUGUGUACUCAAUGAAGACAACUUUGACUUGAUUUACAAGUGCAUGUACAUGUAAUUUCUCAAACCAUCUUUCGGGGUAUAACUUCCUGAUGGGUAUGCCUUUACAUUAGCUUUAUGUAGUCUCAAUACAGGUGUAACAUGCCAUGUUAGUCCCGGUCAACACGGCAUAUUUGCCCUCUCUCAGAACCACUUAUUUCAAAGUGCUGAAAUGUUUGCCUAAGCGUCUGCUUCACGGCAUAUUCUCUCACGCUGACCCCUUUUCAACCAGCUUAACUAAUCUAAUUCUCUGCUCCCCUUGCGGAUUAGUUCAGUGUCAUUGGAGAAAGGGCUAAUCAUAUGGUCUGCGGGCUUACCUCCGAAGCUCAGACAACGGUUGUUAAUCUAUUCAAGGUAAUACUUGACAGAGCCUGGAUCUUUACUCAAUGUGUAUUAUCAGCAUAAUGAAAUUAAUUUACUCUGCAUAUCAUGAGCAAAUUUUCUCUGAUUUGUGUUCUAUCGCAGCAAGAACAGAUGGCCUAUAUUCGGCUGUCCAGUAGUAAUAAUCAUUCUAGACCUUUCUCUAAUCUGUAAAUCACUUUGUUUUGCAAACACGCUGCAAAUGCCCUGAUCACUAACACCGUCUUGUGGCGGACGCCGUUUCACAAUUAACACCUCAUGAAACUAGUUUUUGUCAAAUUGGAAACUGUACCUCUUUCAUUGAGUUCUUUUUACAAUAAAAUUAUUUUGUAUUAUGCUA